GUCGUGGGGUGGGGGGAGCUAAAGAAAAGUCAAGAGAUGAGAGGAGCUGAGCGGACCUCAGACGGGAAGGCAGGAUUAUAGGAAAGGAAACUAGGAGGGCCGGAUUGAGACGUGGGGAGACCCCAAGCUGGACAGUGGAGGCCCCGGAGGACCGUCCGGAGCCCCGCGGACUGGGGCGCCGGCAGGUGGCGCAGGGCGCUCGGUGGGGAAGAGGCGGGGUCUGCGGGCUGGGAGGCUCCGGGCGCGGGAGGCUGGGCGCCGCGUGGGCUGCCAGCUCCGGGCGGCCGCCGCUGCAGCAGCUGACGGUCAAGCCUCGCGGAGGAACAGGUGGCUGAAGCCAUACUAUUUUCUAGAAUUAAUGGAGAACAGAAAAGAUAUCACAAACCAAGAAGAACUUUGGAAAAUGAAGUCUAAGAGAAAUCUAGAAGAUGAUUAUUUGAGUAAGGACACAGGAGAGACCGGCAUGCUGAAAAGACCUGCACUGUUGCAUUUACACCAACAACAUUUUGAUGAGUUUGAUUGCCCUUCAGAACUUCAGCACAAACAGGAAUUCUUUCCAAAAUGGCGCUUGCCAAUUAAAAUAGCUGCCGUUGUAUCAUUCCUGAUAUUUCUUUACACUUUUCUGAGGGAAAUAAUUCACCCUUUUGUAACUUCCCAUCAACAAUAUUUUUACAAAAUUCCAAUUCUAGUUAUCAACAAGGUCUUGCCAGUAGUUUCCAUCACUCUCUUAGCAUUGGUUUAUCUUCCAGGUGUGAUAGCUGCACUUGUACAACUUCAUAAUGGGACCAAGUAUAAGAAAUUUCCACGUUGGUUGGAUAGGUGGAUGCUAACAAGAAAGCAAUUUGGGCUUCUCAGCUUCUUUUUUGCUGUGCUGCAUGCCAUCUAUAGUCUAUCCUAUCCAAUGAGGCGAUCCUACAGAUACAGGUUGCUAAACUGGGCGUACCAGCAGGUCCAGCAAAACAAAGAAGAUGCUUGGAUUGAGCAUGAUGUUUGGAGAAUGGAGAUUUAUGUGUCUUUGGGAAUUUUGGGACUUGCUCUACUGGCUCUGUUGGCUGUAACAUCUAUUCCAUCUGUGAGUGACUCUUUAACAUGGAGAGAAUUUCAGUACAUUCAGAGCAAACUAGGAAUUGUUUCCCUUUUACUGGGCACAGUACAUGCAUUGAUUUUUGCCUGGAACAAAUGGGUAGAUAUAAAGCAAUUUGUAUGGUAUACACCUCCAACUUUCAUGAUAGCUGUUUUCCUUCCAAUCGUUGUCCUGAUAUGUAAAGGCAUACUACUCCUGCCGUGCUUGAGGAAGAAGAUACUGAAGAUUAGACAUGGAUGGGAAGACGUCACCAAAAUUAAGAGAAUUGAGAUGUCUUCCCAGUUAUAGAAUGAAUGUUUACACACGUUUUUGUUCAAUAUUAAUAUGUUUUAUCAUAAAUACUUCAAAUGUGUAUUUGUUAAUAAAAAGACUACUUGAGGA